UUCGUCCCGGUUACACUAUAUCUACGACAUUCCUUACCUCGACAACUCCUAUACUCGAAAGUUCCCAUAGAACUGGUCUGCAAGACGUCUCGGACCCCUGACGCAAUUCUACACUCGAAUCCCCGGGCGCAUUCCUCGGGCGCAUUCAUCAGCUGCAUCCUGGUGCUGCAGCAAAUUCAUUACGUGAAGAGUUUUUGGUCCUGUCUUCGCCGUUGUCAGGUACACGGUUUUCCGGCGCCCUUCUUCUCAGCUCGACUCAUAUGGCUUCCAUCGCUCCUCCCCGAGCCGAGCUUCGCAAGUAAUGCCGACCCAUCCGGCCGCAUCACCAGAGUUGCACCCCAGCUUCCCCUGAUCCCGAGGCCUUGUGAGAAGGUCAAACCUGAGAGAACGAAAGUGGACGCCUCGCCUACGGCGAAGAUCUGAACACAUCACCAACGGAAAGAAUAUAAUGCACAACUGAAUCUCCGACAACGGCUACUAGAACUAAAACAUGAAAAUGGACCGGCCUCCUUGGAUCUCAGGGUCGGAGGAACUGGUAAAUAUGGUCGCCCGAAAUGGACAAACGUCGGACAAUUCACAUCGACGAGUUUCCGACAAACCGAAUGAGGCUCUGAGUUCGUCGCCCACGUCAACGGAGGUUGAUGUCCGACAAGCCGUCACUAGACCUCCCAGUGCCAAACUUCCUCUAUGUGGAGACAUUUCAGAAGGACAACCCUCUCUUCGGCACCCAUUCCCUCACCUCUAUCAUUCGUCCAGUACCUCGAGAUCCCCGUCCACGCGGACGUCUUCCAGCUCGUUGCAGGCAUUGAAUGAGGAUACAGUGGUUGAUGCCCGAUCGGAUCACAGCGGAUUUGCGCGGAAUCUCAUCACCCGCAAAUUGGUGCAUCUAGGACAGUCGGAGAUUCCACCCGGAGAAUAUACUGUAGAUUAUCCUGUCUACCCGGAUCAAUCAUACGCUGUGCUCCAAUCCCAGGUUCAUCCCACGUAUCAACCUCCCUUCCUACGCACCCGCAGUUCGUACCCGUCUCGGAUCGAGGCCGCUUCUCGAUUCCCUCCAGCACGUGCUGCGCGCACAGCGGGCAAUACGCCCAUCUCUAGCCCUGGCCUCUUUUCCGUGCGCAGCCCUCGCUCAACCCCGAUCGGAUCGGAUGACGAAGGCCGGAUAAGUAGUCCAUAUUUACACCCAACGCAUCUACAACCGCCUAAAGAGACGCAUACAGCAGAGGUAGACCGAGAUUUGGUCACUGGCAACAAGCUGAUCAACCAAUACGAGAUCCUCGAGGAGCUCGGACGUGGGGAGCAUGGGAAAGUGAAAUUAGGCCGACAUGUCACAACUCGACAGAAGGUCGCCAUCAAGAUUGUUCAGCGAUACUCCAAACGUCGUCGCCUGGGAAAAUUGGGCAAUCCCGAAGAUAAGGUCAAGAAAGAGGUUGCUAUUCUGAAGAAGGCUCGGCAUCCAAACGUGGUCAGUCUGCUGGAAGUGAUCGACGACCCCAAUCGACAAAAAGUAUACAUAGUCCUCGAGUAUGUGGAAAACGGUGAAAUUAUCUGGCGCAAGAGAGGUCUGCGGGAGAUCGUGCAUGUCGAUAAGCGCCGAUUAGAGCGCGAAAAGGCCGGUAUUCCCGAGACCCCCUCAUUCAUGGAAGAAAGUCAGCAAUAUGUCAGAACUGCCCGGCACCUCCGCCGCCAACGCGAAAAGGCUCGUGAACGGCUCGAAGCGCAGGCGGCCUUUGCACAAGAGGCUCCUAUUCCAGCCUGGAGUCUGGAACACGGAGCAGAGUCCGACGAAGAGCAAGAUGCAGAGCCGGGUGUGGCCCGCAUUCCAAGCCGUUCCCUGAUGAGCUCCGAUGAAAAUCAAUCUUCUCCCUGCCAUUCUUACGCAUCAGGUCCCGAAGCAGCAUUGGCCGCAGUCGAAGGUAGCAUGUAUGGCGCAUAUGCAGAUUACUCUUUCGACAGAAGAUUCAGCACCGCAUCAAGCAGCUUCGGCUAUGCUCCUUCCGAGCCCGAGUGGCUCAGUGACGACGAUGAUAUGUCGUAUGUGCCCUGCCUUACGUUUGCUGAGGCGCGUAACGCUUUCCGAGACUCGCUCUUGGGGUUGGAAUACUUGCACUUCCAAGGCAUCAUUCACCGUGAUAUCAAGCCAGCCAAUCUGCUGGUCACCAGUAACUACCGGGUCAAGAUUUCUGACUUUGGGGUAUCUUAUCUUGGUCGACCUAUUAGAGACGAGGAUGAAGAACAGAUUGAAGAAACGGACGCGACCGAACUGGAUGACGCACGGGAGCUGUCCAAAACCGUUGGAACACCCGCCUUUUAUGCACCGGAAUUGUGCUACACAGGCGAUGAUUUUGUGGACAGUCUCGGCAGUCCUCCUCGGAUCACGGGUGCAAUCGAUGUUUGGUCUCUAGGUGUUACGCUUUACGGCAUGAUUUUUGGACGCCUACCAUUUGUCUCAGAUGACGAAUAUAGUAUGUUUCAGACGAUCGUGAAGAAAGAGGUCUUCAUCCCGCGGAAACGUCUGAAGCCGGUCGGAGAGGACCCUGAUACCGCUAGCCAGUGGCCGCGCUUCGAUGACUACAGCAAGCGAAUGGAGGACGAAUUGGUGUAUGAAGAUAUUGAUGAUGAACUCUAUGAUCUCCUGAAGCGGCUGUUGACCAAGGAUCCGGUAAAGCGAAUCACUGUGAAGGAGAUCAAGCACCAUCCCUGGAUUCUCUACGGCCUCCCCAACCCCAGAGCUUGGGUGGAAGAGACUGACCCGGGAUAUCAAUGCAAGGGCAAGAAGAUCGAAGUGUCGAACGAAGAAGUCACAACGGCUGUCAGCAAAGUACCUCUAUUUCAGCGGGUGCGGUCCAAUGUUGCGAAAUGGUCCAAUUUCUUGACCGGACGAUCGAAAGAGAAGGAUGGUCGCAAGCGGACUCCUAGUAACAAUUCUUCCGCUGACUCCGCCUCUGGCAAGUCACUCUGGGAGGGUCGCCGUCUGAGUCUUAGGGGUGACGAAGAUAUGUCGCGUUCAUUUCGCUAUCUGAGGGAUGGGGAACACCCCCUAUCGCAGAGCGUCACUGCGAGUCCGGUCGGCCGGGACGAGCAGACCUCUUACUUCAUUCAGUCCGAGUCUGCUCCGUCGCAUGAGCGGAUCGUGCGCCCCGACCCACCUGAGCGUGCAACAUCAACCCUGUCCACAGCCGAGUCUGCAAAGACCGUGAAGCCACAUGAUUCGAGGAACUCACCUUUGCCACAACGGACUGGCACGCCUGUUCGCGUAGAACACUCAGGAACUACCAGCCUGGGUGGGCUUUUUGGCGGCGCAAGCCGUCGGCUAGCACGUGGACUUCAGCCCCAGGACUGGCGCUUCGAUCGGUCUGUUUCUGGCGAGACAGCAUCUUUAGACAGCGACCGCCACUCCGAGCCCAGUCUGGUCGUCAGUGUUACUUCUGCGGUCGGCCACAUGCAACACUCUGCCCUGCGUUCCAAUGAAGAUCUGCUUUCGAUCCCCCAUGACACUUCAUUGUCCACAUCCCCGGGACAUCGACGCAACCGCUCUCAUCAGCUUCCAGGUAGACAUUCCGAGCCCUUCCACAUCACCCGAGAAGCCUUGUUACGAAAGAGACGGAGCGGCAUUGAAUCGACAUUCGAUAUGGACCCUGCACCGACCCGUGGCCCACAUGGAUCAGACUUCCAUGAUACACUUGUCCCGCCGUAUGAGGCUUACACGCAGGCUACCGGCCCCUCGGUUGAACAUUUCAUCUCCGGCGAGUCCUGUUUGACAACCUCACCGCCUUCAGCUGCUACUAUUUCUUCGUCCUCGGUAGAUGAGUAUACUAGUGGAAUGUCUCAGCGAACAUCUCAUGCAAGCAUCCCAUCCGUGGUGUCGGGGGCGUCUUCCAUCUCGGGAGAGGGUGGUGCGAGAGACAGGGAUUGUGAUUCCACGGCAAAAAUCCCCUCAAUCCUCCGUACCGAUGACACGGUGAAAGCCCCGCCUCUCAAUCUGUCGCGCUCGACCGAGGACGAUGAAUCCCGAUAUUACUGCGAUGAUGAGGAAGAGUCUGAAGAAGACUCGGAAGACGAAGGUCUUGUGAUUGGCAAAAAGAGGGCUACGCCUCAGAAGCCUAUUAUCCGGCCCGGACAGUCAAAGUCCUAACUCAGCGGUGCAUUUCCUAUAUUAUCUACCUUCUCGAAUCACCGGAACGGGGAUUCUUCCUGCCUACUCACCAGUUUCUGACGUCGCGGUUGCCAUAGAGAAUGACCCCCUAUGAAUACCGUGGUUUCUCUUUUCGAUCAAGCUUCUCCCGCCGGGGCUUUUUCUCUUUCGGCGGGGAUUACCCUUU